UCACUAUCCAUCGCCUCCCUCAGCCUCUCAUCCUACCCAUCCAAGAACCCCGAAAAUUCCAGACCCGGGAGCGCGCAGCAAUUAGCGCCCGCUAGCCAGCCAGCCAGCCGAAGCAGGCCGCAGCCAUGGCCGCCCCCGCCACGACCUCCCUGCUGAGCACGCUGCUGCAGCUGCCCCUUGCCCCGUUCUCGGGGAAGAGCUCGCCGCCGUCCGUGGUGCACGUGCCGCGGCGGGCGCCGACGGCGGUGGUGGCCGCCAAGGGGUACAAUGUGCAGAUCCUGGUGGACGAGAACGAGGGCGAGGAGUCCAUCUUCCGGCGGUUCCGCCGCGAGGUGAUGCGCGCCGGCGUGCUGCAGGAGAUCAAGCGCCGCCGGAGGUACGAGAGCAAGAAGGACGAGAAGAAGCGCAAGGCGCGCGAGGCCGGACGCCGCAACCGCCGCAGGCGCAUGAUGGAUGAGCCGAGGUUCCCAGAAGAAGAUGCAGGGGCAGCUGCAAGGGCUCGCGACGAGGACGAUGACAACUGGGAGAUUGAUGGUCUCCUGUGAAACAAUGGAGUUCAUAACUGUCCAGAUACACAGUUUCGAUGAUUUGAGUUCUUUUUUGGCCAUGCAAAGCGCAAAACUAUGAAGGUUUUGGCAGUGUUCAUUUCCACUUCGAUUGUACGAUCAUAAUGUGUAACUAAAUCUUAGCGAAUGCAGCAUCCUUCCCUUUCACGGA